CACUUCCCUUAGCUCCUGACCUCCUGUUUCAGAAAAUCACGAGAGUACUCCCUUCUUCCCUCAUCCUUCACCUUUCUUCCUUUGUUGUGAUCUCAUCCGCUACACUUUUGAUCCAAUCAUGGCUGCAAAACUUGAUGGUGGAGCUUAUCUCACCUCCUUUGUUGAUGCUGUUUUAGACAAGUUGUCUUCCAUACUUGAAGAUGACUCUGUCCUCAAUGGAAACCACUCUGCCCUCGAGUUGCUUCGAAGGUUGGAGAUAAGUCUGUAUGAGGUUGGACCUGUGCUUGAUGAUGCUGAGCAGAAGCAGUUCACUAACAAGAGAGUCAAAAAGUGGCUUCUUGAUCUCCAAGAUGCUCUCUAUUUUGCUGAUGACUUGCUCAAUGAGAUCUCCACUAAAGCUGCCAUCGCCGCCACUCAAAGGGAUCCAAGUAACUCUUCUUCCUGGUCUCGUCUUGUUGAUUCAUAUAUUGAAGAUACUGGUGACAUGGAAAAAAUAGUUGGUACACUAGAGUCUGUUAUAGCAAAGAAAAAUCAUUAUCGUCUGAAAGAGUGCGCCAAGGUGGACAUGUCGUCAUGGAGAACUCCAUCCACAUCUCUAGUUGUAAGUUCUGCCAUAUUUGGUCGGGACGAAGACAAGGAGAAGAUAAUCAAAUUGCUGUUAGAUGAUACUCGUCAUGCUGAAUCACAUGUGACUGUCAUCCCCAUUGUGGGUAUGGGCGGUAUAGGAAAAACUACUCUGGCUCAAUCGGUUUACAAUGAUAACCAAGUGCAGCAAAAGUUUAAUGUUAAAGCAUGGGUUUGUGUUGGUGAAGUAUUUGAUAUUCUUAAGGUGACAAAGACUGUAGUGGAAAAAGCUAUUUCUGCUUCUUGCAACAUGAAUGAUUUAGAUUCAGUUCAACAACGUUUGAGGACUGAGGUAACAGGGAAGACGUUUUUGGUUGUUCUGGAUGACAUGUGGACCAUUGAUUAUGAUGAUUGGAAAACUUUUCUAGCCCCCUUUCAAUGUGGAAGUCAGGGAGGAAAGAUUCUUGUAACAACCCGCAUUGAUGCUGUUGCUUCUAUGGUGAAAACUAUUCCAGCUCACAAUUUGAGUUUGUUGGAUGUUGAACAAUGUUGGUUGGUGUUUGCAAAUCAUGCAUUUUUUGCUACUGAAUCACGAGAUCGUUUGGCUUUAGAAAAAGUUGGCAAAAAAAUUGUUGAAAAGUGCAAAGGACUGCCUUUGGCUGCUCAAUCUCUUGGGGGCUUGCUGAGAACCAAGGAUAAUAUAAGGGAUUGGGAAGAUGUUUUGAUGAGCGAGAUUUGGGAGUUUUCUGAAGAUGAGUGUAGGAUUCUUCCUGCAUUGAGAAUAAGCUAUCAUUAUCUCCCUUCACACUUAAAACGUUGCUUUGUCUAUUGUUCUUUGUAUCCUAAAGAUUAUGUACUCAGUAGCCAUGAAUUGGUAUCGUUGUGGAUGGCGGAAGAUCUUUUGCAACAACCAAAGAGUGGAAGCAUUUUAGAAGAAGUUGGAUAUAAAUACUUAAAUGAUUUAGCUGCACGAUCAUUCUUUCAACCAUCAAAGAAUGGUUAUGAAGAUUCAUUUGUGAUGCACAACCUCAUGCAUGAUCUAGCGACAUUCUAUGGUAAAAAGUUCUUUGUUAGAAUCUCUGAACACGAGAAUGUAGGCCAACAUGAUACUAAAACUCGUCAUUUGUCAUAUGAUGUCAACGACAAUAAUUCAGUCCCGAAGAUGUUGGAAGCAUGUGAGAGUUCAAGUCAUGUGAGAACCCUGUUUCGAAUCAAGGCAGAUUUAUACCGUCAACACGAAUUGGGAAUUGAUCCUGGUCGCUUACUAGCACAGUUGAAGCGCUUACGUGUUUUGUCAUUUAAAUCAUUUAAAAUUGAUAUAUUGCCUGAUUCAAUUGGUGAAUUGAUCCACUUGCGUUAUUUGAAUCUCUCUAACACACUUGUCGUGACAUUGCCCGAGUCCUUGAAUAAUUUGUAUAAUUUACAAACAUUGAAGUUGGCAGAGUGUAAAAAACUUAAAAAGCUUCCCUCUAACAUGCAAAAUCUUGUGAAUUUGCGUCAUCUUGAUAUUUCCGGCACUGAUAAUUUGGAAGAGAUGCCAAAAAAGAUGAGCAAAUUAAAAGAUUUGCAAUUUUUAAGUGGCUAUAUUGCGGGCAAACAUGAAGAGAAUGGGAUUGGAGAACUGGGAGAACUAACACAUCUUCAUGGCUCAUUGUGGAUUAAGAAACUAGAGAAUGUUAAGAAUAGUGGUGAAGCAUCGAAUGCAAGGAUGGAUGAAAAAAUACACCUGAAUGCUUUAGAUUUCAGUUGGUCAUCGUUUGAAGAAAGUGAGGUUUGUGAUUCCCAAAAUGAAAAAGAUGUACUUGACAAAUUACGUCCUCACAAAGACUUGAAGAAGCUAUUCAUGUGGGGUUACAGAGGUACGAUGUUUCCGGAUUGGGUAGGGCAGUCUUCGUACCACAACAUGACUUGGUUGAAGCUGUGGGGAUGCAGGAAUUGUUGGGUGCUUCCUUCACUUGGACAGUUACCCUCUUUGGAGAGUCUAGUCAUUUCAGAGCUCGACAAGGUGAAGAAGAUUGAUGAGUCAUUCUACAAGGGUGAUGGAACUCAUCAGCAUCAGGAGACACCCUUCCGAUCCCUUAAAUAUCUGACUAUUCAAAAACUGCCUUGCUGGGAGGAAUGGGAGUCAUAUGAAUGUGAUGAUGAUGAUGAUGCACCAUUUCCGAAACUUGAGUGGCUUGGUAUAUUGAACUGCCCUAAGUUAAGAGGAGAUUUGCCCACUUUCCUUCCGUCUUUGGAGAAGCUUCGGAUUGAACGAUGCGAGGAGCUUGGUUGUUAUCUGCCAAGAGCUCCCAUCUUACGCGAAUUAAUAAUAGAUGGAAAACAGGAAGCAAGAAUGCGGGAUCUACCACUUUCCAUGUUGGAGAAAGUAGUAAUUAAUGGAGAGCAGCUUGUGAAUUCUGUGUUUGAGGCCAUGACCCACACCCAACCAACCUCUCUCACGGAGUUAAGUAUCUCAAAUUGCUCAUCAGUGGUAUCAUUUCCAGGGGAUGCUUUGCCCCCUUCGUUGAAAGAGUUGCGCAUAUAUGAUUGCAAGAAUGUAGAAUUCCCAAGGCAACACCAACAACAUCACUCGCUACAGGAAUUAGAAAUAUACAACAGCUGUGAUUCGCUUACAUCCUUCGCAUUGCCACCAUUCCCAAAUCUCUUGUUUCUGACAAUUCAAAGAUGUGAAAAUCUGACAUCUCUGGAGCUGUCACAGUCACAGUCCCUCCAAGAAUUAUGGAUUGUAGAGUGCCCUAAGCUGGAGAACAUAAUAAGGCUGCCUGCCUCUUUAAGUCGACUCUCCAUCAGAGAAUGUGGGUUGUUGGGUGAAGGCAUAGAGAGGAAGGACCCCCACAUUUGGCCAUCCAUUUCCCACAUCCCCGUAAUAUUUGUUGAUGAGAAACUGAUUCAAUAUCACCCAACAUCUUAAAACAGUUCGGUUGUGCACCUCCAUUCUUGAAAGGAUGCUUCUCUAUCUCUAACAUCUCUCUAUUGAAGCUACUUGUCUUACACCCAAAUGGAAGGCCUUUCAUUACCUUUCUUCGUGUUGCUCCUGCUUGCUUGCCUGUGGCCUUUGUUGGAUUUGGUAUAAGUUUAUUACCCAAAAAUUGUAUGAGUUGUUAUAAUUUGUUUCUUUCGGUGCAGCAAGAAACAAAUUGAAGCCAAGUUGGAGUAAGCUCAAUUUGGAGAGCAAGGGAGUCUGGUCAAGAAUGAUUUCAUGAGGUGUGGUCUCUGCAUCAAUACAAAAGCUGAAUUCAUGGAAGACAUCAUCCUCAUACAAAAUCAAAAGAAGAAAUAGAUGAUGUAGAACAGAAUUUCGCUAAGACCGAUAGAUCAAUCAAAAUGCAACAAGAGCACCUUCAAUGAUAAGGAUACAGUUGGAGCAGCCUGUCAAAAAUUUAUCCUACUCUUUUUUGAGGGACAUCUAUUCAUUCUUCUGGAACUUGUCAAUUUAUUGCAUUUGGGUGCUGCACCUCAAAUCUUCUACUUUUGCACCACCCCUUGACUCACCCAAAUCUAAGGCCUUGCAUUACAUUUCUGGUGUUGCUCUUGCUUGCUCAUGGCCCUUGUUGGUUUGCAAGAGACGAAUUGGAGCAAACUUGGAUUAAGCCUAACUAGGAGACCAAAGAAAUCUGGGCAAGAAUGAUGGAGGAACAAUGAAUUCCAAACAAAUCAGAUGAGGUGCAGUCUCUGCUUCAAUUCAAAAGCAGAAUUCAUGGAAGACAUCAUCCUCGUACAAAAUCAAAAGAAGAAAUGGAUGAUGAAAAACAUAAUUUUGCAAGGACAGAUAGACCAAUCAAAAUGCAACAUGAUUACCUUCAAUGAUAUGGAUACAGUUGGAGCAACCUGUCAAAAAUAGGCAGAAAGCUUACAAACUUUUCAAAGAAAAAAAGGAAGGACAAACUUAGUUUUAUAUUUUUAUUUACACUCAACAAUUAUCUUUUUUUUUUCUUUAAGAGUUUUUAUGCCUUCAUCGUUUCAUUCUAUUUUAGGAGAGCUGAUAUGAGUUAUUCUGCUUAUACGAAAGAGAGAGCUUAGAAAGUGAGAAUCAAUUUCUGUUAUGAAAAAGGCAAGAGAGCUAGGAUGUGAGAAUAUCUAGAAAAAGCUAUAGCGCCGUUUGAGAAAAUUGUUUUUUGUAUUGGCUUGAAUUGGUAUUUGUAACUUGAAUUUGUUUACAGUGAAAAAUUCUACCAUUUGUUGUGGUGGAGACUGGAUGCAGAUCCCACUUUGGGAUUGAACCAGCAACCAGGAUACA